AUGGCGAUGCUUAGAGUGUCUUCUUACCGCAAGCUGUUUGAGGAGAAUAGCUGGAGUCAAACUGGAAGAGCAAGUGUGCGGUGUGCCGGGCAGUACCGGACCUCUGUCAGAAAUGCAGCUGAUGAGUGUGGCUGUGACAAAUUAGACUUUGUAGCUGCAAAGGAUCUAAACAAAGAGGGCGUGAACCGAUAUGUUCAGGAGCGCGCCACCAUCGCAGCACUCAAUGACCGCCUGGUCAGACUUAUUGAGCUGGCCCGUUGGUUUGAGGAGGAGAAUGAGUAUCUUGAAUGUCAGAUCACUGAACUGGAGGAGCAGCUAAAUGGAAAACAGACCUCCAACGUCACCUCCACUGUGGUGGAGCCUGACUUCAGUCUGGAUGCAGUGGUGGAAAGACUGCGCAAGCAGAGGGAUGCGGUUCUGUAUGAUACAGAGGAGCUAAAGAAAGAGCUUGAACAUCUGCAGACAGAAUAUGAGAAAGCUGCACAGCAGAGGGUCCUCAUCCAGCAGGAACGACAAGAUGUUGCUGAGGAAGUGGAUGCAGUGACAGCAGAGUGUUUGGCGCUGAGGGAGCAAGUGGCAAUCUACGGGGAACAGCUGGCCAACAUGGAGGUCCAGCACAAGAUGGAAGUGGAGGGUCUGCUGGAGCCAGAUGAAAGGACUCUUGGAGCAGUGGCUAUUAAAUAUGGCAGCCCUGACAUGACUCCGGCCUUGGAUGUAAAGGAGUACUACUGCCAGCUGGCUGAGAGCCUCCAGUUUGAAUGUGUGUCAUCUGCUGCUGUGACACACAGAAGUAAUGGAAAGAAACUGGAAGUGGGAGGAACUGCAGGGACAACAGCCAAAGACCUCUCAGAGAUAAAGGAUAUGGGUGAGAUGGAGAUGCUGAUUUCAGAGUUACAAAAGGAGAUAGCUGAGCUGGAGAAGUGCAACGAGGAGCUGGAGGACGAGGUUGAAAUGAAGAAAACGGCCUACGUGGAUGAAGUUGCUGAGUUGGAGUGGACUAUAGAUGAAAUGAGGCAGCAAGAGGUUGAUCUUAAAGCACAGAUGAAGGAACAGUGUGACGAUAACAAGGAGCUGCUCAAUGAGAAGAUGGCCAGGGACAUGGAGAUUGCUGCAUACAGGAGUCUAUUGGAGAAAGAGGAUGAGAGGCUGUGCAGCCUGUGACUCAAGCCUGAAGAUUCACACUGGCUGGACGCUCGCUGACACUUGGAUUAGAAAACAGGCUAAAGAGCAACAUGAAAAACAGACCCCUAAUCAGCACUUCAAUGAAGCUUAAGGUACCGAUGCAACAAUUUGAGCAGAUGUAAACUUAUCAUGAUGGAUUAAUGCAGUCUGGAGUCCUAAGCUCAGCUAUUGAUAACAGAUCGCUGGUAGAUGACCUGGAGACUCCAAGAAAGAUGGAACUGUCUGAAACUGGUGGGAGGAUGGGGAUUGUGCAGUGUGUGUAUUCAUUCAGUGUCUGGAAGGGUAUUACCUUAAGUGGGUUUUAUCUUUGCCAGCUCGCUGAUUCAUAAAUGUUUUGUCCCCUCUUUGUCGAACAAGGUUCACACACAAAUGCAGACACGCGAGCUGAACAGUGUGGCUCCGAUGACUCAUUUCACUCUGAUACCACCUCGUUCGUCACUCAAGCUUUGUCUGAUUAACCAGCUCUUAACCUGUGACCCCUUAACCGUUAUCAAAAACACUGACAACCCUCUCCUCAGUCACUAAAAGCAUCUCACCUUCCCUUUGUUUUUACAGUCAUGUGUUCAUGUUGCUUUUGACAGUCAAGUGUGCAGUGCACUGUGUUUGCUUUUCAAAUGGUUCAUGAAGUUGUUUCUCUGCAGUUCUUCCAAUGUGAACACCUGCAUCCGUCUACAAGAAAAGUCUGAGUGAUUCAUUAUUUCCUCUUUGAAAAAAGCACUGUCCCCAUUUGCUGUCUUUUAGAAAUAAGCUUUUUGUAAUACAUUCCUCACUAAUCUUUUCCUUAUUUUCAACACAACAUUUAAGCUGUCUGUGAUAAAUCAUUCCUCCUUCUGCACGAGCAUUAAAAUGUAUUUGGGUUUUAAAUUGAAUAAAAUUUGUCACUUGAGAGAUCACCUCGUGCUGUGUGGCUUCUUCUCUGAAAACCUCCAUUUCAUGAGAACUGCUUGCAAAUCCUUAUGCCUAAAAUUUCCCCCUGUACUGUAACUUUGAGGGGGUGCAGCAUGAUUUAUGUUCACUGAUCCCACUUUCAUUCAUCUCCCAGCUUAAAGUGAGAUUUGAACAUUCCCAGCUAUUAAAGAACUCAAAGGCUUGUUAGCUCUGCCGUGAAGAUGAAAAAUGUUCCUAAUAACAGAUCAGAUAAGAUUAGCCACACUCCGUGAACUUGUGGGGAAUGAAGAGUUAGUCUCAGUACUUGAGCUCAGUGUCUGGCGAAGAGGCUUGGUGGCUGCGGUGACUUGUUUAAUUGUCCCGACAUGAAACAUGGCUGGAUCAGGAAGAAGCUGCUUUGUCUGGUUUUUCACAGUUCAAAAGAGAGGAGCCAGAGGUCUUUUCCAGUUGCUGUGCUCCAUGUCCAACCUCUGGAAAAAGCAUGAUGGAAUCACU